AUGAAACACAGCAUCAUUGCUGUGGGCCUCUUCUUAACGACUCUUAUCGCUUAUAUAAACGGUGCUUGUCCGCUUAUAUCCUACACACCUCAACCGAAUUGCAUUGCUUCCAACUCGAAAGAACAAGUUGUUCGCAUUGUUCCCGGCUUCCAAACAUCGAUGGAUUUGAUCUGUUCAGCCGCAAAUGCAUGUUCAAUCAAGUUGUAUAUCACGGAAUCAUUUCGCCUCAGUACAUCUGGCCUGCAGAAUGUUGUAUAUGAACCUUCACCGCACAGCAAUCAUCUAGUUGGCUCUGCCAUAGAUAUGAAUACGGUCUCUGCUAACGGACGUCUGUGCAAUUCUGCCUGUUUAAAUCAAACAACAAAAUGGUCAUCAGAUGUAAGCUGUUUUAUCGGUAAAAUCCGUACAUCGCCACCAUUAAGGUAUGGAGGUGAUUUUAACACAGAGACAAAAGAUUGGGUACAUAUUGAUUCGGGACCAUUUUAUCAAACAGAUCCAACAGGUUACAUGACGCUAUACAAUCAAAUUCGUCAAGAAUGCUUUGGUGGUACCACUCGAACACCAAUUACAACAUCUGCCACUACACCUAAACUUCCUGUGACACAACGACCACCGCAGCCUCCUGUGACACAACGAACACCUGUAACCAGACCAGGGUCAACACCUACUCCAUCACCUAAUGAAUCGCCACAACCUAUACCUUCAACAACACCAGUACCAGUACCAGAACCUAUACCUUCAACAACACCAGUACCAGUACCAGAACCUAUGCCUUCAACAACACCAGUACCACAGCCUGAAUCUACUUCUCCCCCAGAACCAGAACCGGAUCCAGAACCAGAACCGCAACCGGAUCCAGAACCAGAACCAGAACCGCAACCGGAUCCAGAACCAGAACCAGAACCAGAACCGCAACCGGAUCCAGAACCGCAGCCGGAUCCAGAACCACAACCGGAACCUGAUCCAGCACCAGAUCCUGAUCCAUACGGUGGAGGUGAUUAUGGUGGUGGUGAUUAUAGUGUUGGCGGUGGUGAUUAUGGUGGUGGUGGAGGUAAUUAUGGUGGUGGUGGAGGUGAUUAUGGUGAACGAAAAAGGCGACGUCGGUCGGUUGGAUACAAACGAAUGUUGCGCAAGGCAUUGAGUGAAUAUCGUUUCAAACGAGAUCGUACCAAUAUCGUUUGA